AUGGCAGUUGAGUCUCUACUCCUGCAGCGCAAUGAAGUCCUAGAGUAUUUUAUUGAUCAGCUGAGGUCAGAUGGAGUUGUUCAUCUCCCUCGACGCGUUACCAAUGAAAUUGCAAAUAAUACUCGGUAUGAAUUUUAUACACAAGGAGGAGUCAUCUUUGCAACAAGUCGGAUCCUGGUGGUAGAUUUCCUUACUGACAGAAUUCCUGCCAAUCUCAUUACCGGCAUUUUGGUGUACAAAGCACACAGAAUCAUUGAGUCCUGUCAGGAAGCGUUCAUCUUGCGGCUUUAUCGUCAGAAGAAUAAGCAAGGCUUCAUUAAAGCUUUUACAGAUAAUGCAGUUGCAUUUAACACUGGCUUUUGUCAUGUGGAAAGAGUGAUGAAAAAUCUUUUUGUUGGGAAGCUUUAUCUGUGGCCAAGAUUUCAUAUAGCAGUGCACUCCUUUUUAGAGAAGCAUAAACCUGAAGUGGUGGAAAUACACGUGGCAAUGACUCCUGCUAUGCUUGCUAUCCAGACUGCAAUCCUGGACAUUCUGAAUGCAUGUCUGAGGGAACUCAAACGUUACAACCCAGUUCUUGAAGUAGAAGAUCUAUCUUUAGAGAAUGCUAUUGCUAAACCUUUUGACAAGACAAUACGUCACUAUUUAGAUCCUCUCUGGCAUCAGCUUGGAGCUAAGACAAAGUCUUUGGUCCAAGAUUUGAAGAUCCUACGUACUUUGCUGCUGUAUCUAACCCAGUAUGAUUGUGUCACUUUCCUUAAUCUCCUGGAGUCACUGAAAGCAAGUGAAAAAGCUUUUGGUGAGAACUCAGGCUGGCUGUUCCUUGACUCCAGUACUUCAAUGUUUGUGAAUGCUCGAGCUCGAGUUUAUCGCAUUGCAGAUGAGAAACUGAAUCAGAAAGGCAAAGGCUCAGGCUCCGAAAAACGUGAUGUAAAGAAGGAAAAUGAACUGAAAAGGGAAUUGGUUCUAGAAAGUAAUCCAAAAUGGGAAGCUUUGAGAGAAGUACUGAAAGAGAUUGAAAAUGAGAAUAAAAACAGCGACAACCUUGGUGGUCCAGGGCAAGUGCUCAUUUGUGCCAGUGAUGACCGAGCCUGUGCACAGCUCAGGGAGUAUAUUAUUGCUGGAGCAGAAGCUUUUUUAACAAGACUAUAUAACAAAACCUUUGGAACAGAUGAGAAAGCUGGAGAAGUGUGGAUUAAGGACAGAAAAGCCAUCAAGUCUAAAGGAAAUGCCAAACCAGACACAGGACCUCAAGCCAAAAAAGCCAAACUCACAACUUCUUCAAAACAAAAUAAACACAAGAAGCAGCAAGACCGGACUAUAAUCCAAAUGAUAGGGAAAACUGAGGAGGAAAAGAGAGAGGAAGUCGAGGUGGAAGACAUCAAAGAAUUAAGCAGUAGCCAAGAAAGCGGCACUGAAGAGACCAUUCCUGAAGAUUUUGAUGUGAACUUGCCCUCAGAUUGUUACUAUGGGAUUUUCAAGGACCCACUGACAAUUAUCCACCCGCUGCAGGGGUGUGGGGAUCCCUAUGCGCUCACUCGGGUGCUGCACGAAGUAGAACCCAGAUAUGUUGUGUUGUAUGAUGCAGAACUCACUUUUGUUCGGCAGCUGGAAAUCUACAAGGCAAGCAGGCCUGGGAAGCCUUUGAGAGUUUAUUUCCUCAUAUAUGGGGGCUCCACAGAAGAGCAGCGCUACCUCACAGCUCUGAGGAAAGAGAAGGAGGCCUUUGAAAAACUCAUUCGAGAGAAGGCCAGCAUGGUUGUUCCUGAGGAAAGAGAAGGAAGAGAUGAAACAAAUUUAGACCUCCUCAGAGACAUUAGACCUGCCUCUGUCUCUGCUGACACACGCAAAGCAGGUGGACAGGAACAGAAGGGUGUUCAGCAAACCAUAAUUGUGGAUAUGCGGGAAUUCCGUAGUGAGCUUCCAUCGCUGAUCCAUCGCCGUGGGAUCGACAUUGAGCCUGUGACUUUGGAAGUUGGGGAUUAUAUUCUAACCCCUGAUAUCUGUGUGGAGAGGAAGAGCAUCAGUGAUCUGAUUGGUUCCCUAAACAAUGGCAGGCUGUACGCACAGUGUGUGUCCAUGUGCCGCUACUACAAGCGACCAGUUCUCCUCAUUGAAUUUGAUGCUAACAAAUCCUUCUCCUUGAUCCCACGAGGUUCUUUGCAGCCAGAAAUUUCCAGCAAUGAUGUUACUUCUAAACUAACCCUUCUCACGCUGCACUUCCCAAAGUUACGAAUCCUGUGGUGUCCCUCUCCCCACGCUACUGCUGAGCUGUUUGAAGAGUUGAAACAAAACCAUCCCCAACCCAAUGCAGAAAAAGCAAUGGCCAUCACUGCAGAUUCUGAAAUUCUCCCUGAGUCAAACAAGUACAACCCUGGGCCUCAGGACUUCCUGCUAAAAAUGCCAGGGAUUAAUGCAAAAAACUGCCGUGCUGUAAUGACCCACGUUAAAAGCAUUGCAGAGCUGAUGACACUGUCCAAGGAUGAGCUCUCCAAGAUUUUGGGUAAUGCUGCCAAUGCCACACAACUCUUUGAUUUUAUUCACCUGACCUAUGCAGAGGCACUAGCCAAAGGAAAAAGCAAAAGAUGAUUCAUGAGAUUGUCAACACACAGCACUGAUAAGUAUUUUGGCAAAUACAUGAAAUAUUUUAAUAAAUGCCCCAUCUAAGAUAACCAGCUGUUUCUUGCUAAUGCUGUCCCAUCAGUUUUACCAUGUGAGUUAAUUAUUGAAGGCAAGUUUCAA